AUGAAAGGGACAGCAAGUCAGGACACUGAGGCAUCUUCCUCAGAGGGCGACAGGUCGUCAUCGGCCAGGGAACAAGCCGGUCAGAGGCUGACCAUGCGAGAGUUCGAGCGGGAGCGCAGAGUGGCUCUGAAGGAGCAAAAUCGACUGAACCUGAUGAUCACCAAGUCGAGCCUAAGUGUUAGUCCAGGGGCGGAAAUUACCCCUGGCCGUAAGCACCAGUGGCUACGCCGUCGAAACGCCUCUUAUGGAGAGAAUGCCGACGUCGCCUUACAAACAUCUCCUUCCAGUCCACCGAUCGUGAUCACGGAGCCAUGGGAGGACCAGGACCAGAAAGGUAGCCUGCCACUGCAAGCAAAUUAUGCUUUUGUGUACAUGAAAUGCAACUGUUUGCUGUUUUCAUGCUUUUUCGACUUUCUACUGGUGGGAGUAAAAACCGGGACAAUGCACAUACUUCAUAUCAGUGUUAUUUGCAUCAGGAACGUCAACGUGUCAUAA